UAUAUUGGGAUAGAGGUUCAUCCAAGACACAUUUUGACGAAAGAGUGCGACAAGCCAUUUGACAUCACCCUCAGGACCACAGUACCGAUACACAUCUUGCCCCACCCUCUCCUCCCAAUCAAGAUAUUCGCUACGCUGCUCACAACUAACAAUGUGGGCAUUUUUGAUAACUGCCAAGUCGCGUUCUCACACGGUGAUGACGUAGGGACCACGUACAAUGUCCGAGUACGAAGUGUCUGUGAUACGCUGAUAGACGGGCAGUCCCGUGUGGUGCAUAUUUUAUUCAAAGGUCCUUCUGACUCACUUCCUAGUUUGAUUUGGGAUGACUAUAUCUUGCCGCGUGUACGGGUCACAGUAGAACAGACAGAGAAUCGUGAAUGUCGAACUUAUAACGACCCUCACUUUAGCACAUUUGACGGAAAGUAUUACCCUUUUUUACACCACGGUGACUAUGUGCUGUUCCAAGAUAAUGACCACCACACCGAGGUGCACACGCGCCUGUGGACGUGCUGGGAUAGUAGCGCCUCCUGUAACUGCGGAGUAGCAAUACGUGAGAGAAAUGACGUGAUGAUUCUGUCAAUCUGCAACUCCCAAUUGCAACACCAAGCCAAUGCUCCCAUGCCAAUGACCGUCCGUGUACCAAGCGGACAUCUACCAAACGGAACACACAUUUACAGGCAGAUCUCUGGCAGCCGAGUAACGCAUACUGUACUUCUCCCUUCUGGCACGAAGGUCGAGGUCAUAAGGUUGGACUGGGGAAUGAAUAUCAAAGUGAAUGCUUUCAAGAACUCAAACAGCAUUCGCGGACUCUGUGGCAACAUGAAUGGUGACUCAAACGACGAGUUUCAACACGGAGGCGAUGGCCAUUCACAUGCGGAUGCGACAAGAUUUGGACUAAGUUGGAGAAAGCAACCGCAUGAAAGCUACUUCCACAUUCUGCCGUCCAACCAUCUCCCAGACCAGAUCAUGGAGAAAACGUUCUGCGCAUGCGGAGAAACUAGAGUGGAGGAUUGUAAACAACUCUCGGAAAUCAUCUACCCACAGAACCCCCCAGGGGUGGAGGUACCUCCAGAUCAGUUUGAAGGGCAGGGUGAGACGUACAGAGAUUUCAGCAUGGACCAGCAGGACGCUGACUAUUUCACAGACGAACACAAUGAACGAUACGCUAAGAGCAGGAUCCGAGCCAGACGAAGUAUCGAGAUGGAUAGGAUGACAAGACAAAAUGCGACACGCCUCUGCAAAACACUCAUCGAAGACACUGUCGUCGGAAAGAGUUGCAGUGCUUUGCCGAAUGUGGAUGCCGCCUCGACUUCGCAGAGCUGCAUUUUUGAUCUCAUGGUCACAGGAAAUGCCGGUUUCGCUGUGUCAGCCCUGGAAUCAUUGAAGAGCGGCUGCCAAGACGAGGCUUACAACAACCUGACGCUCUACACCAAGGAUGCUGAGGGCAACCCAUCGGGGCCCCCCGCAGAUAUCGUAGAAAACCUUUGCCCUAACGAGUGCAGUAACCAUGGCAACUGCUCAAACAGCACUUGUAUCUGCGAAGAAGGUUUCACAUCACUAGACUGCUCCUUGUCAAUCAACACAGUACCAGAACUUCUAGGGAUUCACGAUGGGGGUCUGUGUGACAUUAGAAGGAGGCCAUGCAAGAAGACCAACAUCUUUGGUGAUGGAUUUAUACCUUCAGAGAAUCUCACAUGUCACGCAACCGAAUUCAAGGUGAAAAAGUUUGACUUAUUUGGGGUCAAAUGCAGCCUUCCGGACCCUCCAACGAAGGUAUGGGACUACGACAAUCCCGGGACCCCCGCGGGAGGACUGUACAUUAGGAUCUCCAACAACAAGAUCGACGCAAGUCAGCAAAAGAUGAGGUUUAUAUCGUACGACUCCGUCUGUAUGAGGUGCAGCAAGACAGGCACUUGUGUCCUCAGGCAAGACUCCUGCUUGAUCAAUGGCCACUGUUUUGCGCAAAACGAUGCUAAACCGAACGAGUGGUGUCGUCAAUGCAAGCCAGAUACCAGCCAAUUUACAUGGAGCCGGCGUAAAGGUAAAACGCAAACACCAAUUUACAUGGAGUCGGCGUAA